CGGCCCUUCCCUCAGCGAGCUCCCUUCGCAGGGCGCCAGACCGGGUCCCGGCGUCAGGCAGCUACCCGGCUGUGGUCUGUCACUGCGGAGGUCCCAGCCUUCGCGGGCCGGGGCCUCCGCCGCCCCGGCAGGACGGGGAGAAGGACCAUGGCGUCCUGCGUGGGGAGCCGUACUCUGAGCAAGGAUGAUGUGAACUACAGGAUGCAUUUCCGCAUGAUCAACGAGCAGCAAGUGGAGGACAUCACCAUAGACUUCUUCUAUCGGCCGCACACUAUCACCCUGCUCAGCUUCACCAUCAUCAGCCUCAUGUACUUCGCCUUCACCAGGGAUGACUCUGUUCCAGAAGACAACAUCUGGAGAGGCAUCCUCUCGGUUAUUUUCUUCUUUCUCAUCAUCAGCGUGUUAGCGUUCCCCAACGGUCCAUUUACUCGACCUCAUCCAGCCUUAUGGAGAAUGGUUUUUGGCCUUAGUGUGCUGUAUUUCCUCUUCUUGGUAUUUCUCCUUUUCCUGAACUUCGAGCAGGUUAAAUCCCUAAUGUAUUGGCUAGAUCCCAAUCUUCGAUAUGCCACAAGAGAAGCGGACAUCAUGGAGUAUGCUGUGAACUGCCACGUGAUCACCUGGGAGAGGAUCGUCAGUCACUUUGAUAUAUUUGCAUUUGGGCAUUUCUGGGGCUGGGCCAUGAAGGCCUUGUUGAUCCGUAGUUAUGGGCUCUGCUGGACAAUCAGCAUCACCUGGGAGCUGACAGAGCUUUUCUUCAUGCAUCUGCUGCCCAACUUUGCUGAGUGCUGGUGGGACCAGGUUAUUCUGGACAUCCUGUUGUGUAAUGGUGGUGGCAUCUGGCUGGGCAUGGUUGUUUGCCGAUUUUUGGAGAUGAGGACUUACCACUGGGCAAGCUUCAAGGACAUCCAUACCACCACAGGGAAGAUCAAACGUGCUGUGUUGCAGUUCACCCCUGCUAGCUGGACUUACGUCAGGUGGUUUGACCCUAAGUCUUCCUUUCAGAGAGUGGCUGGGAUAUACCUAUUAAUGAUCAUCUGGCAGCUGACUGAGUUGAAUACCUUCUUCUUGAAGCACAUCUUUGUGUUCCAAGCCAGCCAUCCUUUAAGCUGGUGUAGAAUUCUCUUCAUCGGCUGCAUUACAGCUCCUACAGUGAGACAGUACUAUGCUUACCUCACUGACACGCAGUGCAAGCGCGUUGGGACACAGUGCUGGGUGUUUGGGGUCAUUGGUUUCUUGGAAGCUAUUGUUUGCAUAAAAUUUGGACAAGAUCUCUUCUCUAAGACCCAGAUACUCUAUGUUGUAUUUUGGCUUCUUUGUGUGGCCUUCACCACGUUCCUGUGUCUGUACGGCAUGGUUUGGUAUGCAGAGCACUAUGGCCACCGGGAAAAGACCUACUCAGAGUGUGAAGAUGGUACUUACAGUCCAGAGAUCUCCUGGCAUCAUGGGAAAGGCUCAAAAGGUUCUGAAGACAGCCCACCCAAGCAUUCAAGCAACAAUGAAAGCCAUUCUUCCAGAAGAAGGAACCGGCAUUCCAAGUCCAAAGUCACCAAUGGAGUUGGAAAGAAAUGAAGGAACCUAGUUAAUCUCAGAUGUUCCAGAGAGUGCCUAGACAUGAGAGGGCAACAAAACACACUCAGACCUUCCUAUGUGGAGAUCAAAAUGUACAGAACUUACAGAAGGAACAGAAGGGACUUUGGGGAUCAUGAUUUGAGAGUGUAAGUCUUGUCUCCCAUUGCCCUGAACACACGUUAGACUGGCCAUGGCUUGGGGUACUUUGCCUACAGGAGGUGUCUUCUAACUUCAGCACAUGCUGUUUGGUUGCUGAUCUCUAUACAGUGUGCUGGGAGCACAGGAGAGCUGUUUGCUCCUGGUUGCCAGCAAUGGCUCUAUGCUCAUGUGUCUUGUGGACGCUGUAUAAAUAACUUCGUUCAGAUGCCGACUUAACCAACUGGUUAAUGAACUGCUCACUGGGUUUUAUUUUUAUGAAUCUGCCUUUCCAUUUGACUGAUUAAGUUCACUUUGCUUUUUUUUAUCUUUUAUUUCAUGUUUCAAGUUAGAAUGUUUAAAAGCUUCCAGAAUCCACUGCUGAAAUUGGGGUUCCUUCUAGAGAAAGGGUGGGGGGAGCUUUUGGGUCCCUACUUAGCAUACUCAGUCCCUAGCCACAUGACAGAUGACUAGCAGUCUAAGUUGGAAGGAGGCUGACUGCUUGUACUGGAGCCUGAGCUUUGGAGUGGAACCUGUUCUGUUCCAUUCCAAACACUGUCCAGCCCGAGUGUACAAAAACGACCCUGCUGCAGGAGCUGGGGCACUGUGGCUCCUCUCCUGCCAGGUGCCUUUCCCGUGUGCUUGUGUUCCUUCUGUGGUGUGUUGCCUACUUUGUCUUUCUGUCUCAUGUGAGGUGCUAGUGAGUCUUAACUUUGAUCUGUGCCAUGCUCUCCUAGAACAUUCUCCCACCCUGGAUCCUUGUUUUAAAUAAAUCAAUUCACAUGAAAAACCUCAAAUAUCUGUCUGUUAAAAUGGCAUUUCUUCAUACCUUUUUGAUCUUUGAACUGUUUAUAAGCAACCUCAUAUUUUACAAUUGACUUUGGGUUAAUAAAUAUGUGUGUGUUUUAUAGGUUGAAAAGAAAAAGAAACAAUAUUUUAAAAGGGCUUAUAAGUAUAUGUCCUAGUCUGAAUGUUCCAGAGUGAUCCACAGGAAGUGUAGCCAUUGUCUGUCCCUAUGGUCAUGCUUAUUAAGUUGGGUUUUCUUUCUCAAACAAGUGGCCUGCACAGAUACAGACUUGCUAGCCCUUUCCCUUUUCCCUGGAGCACAAUGAUCUUUUUGUCUUUGCCCCUCUUAAAAGAAAAUUUUGAACUAUAAAAGUUAGGUAGACUACUUGCACUGGAACCUGAGCUUCGGAGUGGAACCUGUUCUGGUCCAUUCCAAACACUGUUUGUCCAGCCAAAGUGUACAAAAGUGACCCUGCUAGAGGAGCAGGUCUAGAAAUUUGUAUCUGUCUUACAGAUUCUAUGGCAUGUCGUAGAAACUAUAAGGGUUUCCAAGUCCAUUUUCCAGGAGAGUUUCCUUCUUUUAAAAAAGAAUUCCCUGAUGAGAGGGUUAAAUGAAUCAUGAACAGGCAGGGUCACAGUCAGUGCUCUGGGUGACAACUUGAUUUAGAGUUACCCACAGACUUACCUCUUCAGCCAAACAUGUCCUGAGAAGAGCAUCAGCAGCAACUGGCCCACACUGGGAGUCCAGGGCAGGCCAUAACUCUCAGCUUCCUCACCAAGUCCCAUGAAUGUGUUUAAAGUGGGACAAAGCAUUGCAUGCUGCAUAUACUACCUGUCAUUUCCCAUCCCUUGUUUUCACAGUUCUGGAAUUGAUCCCAGGGCCUCCUGUGUGCCAGACAAGAGCUCUGCUGCUGAGCUUUGGCUUUCUUGCAUUCCGUUUAACAAGCUUUUGCAAACAUGGUAUGACUUUAAAACAUCACUUUGCUUUGCAAGUAGGUGAGUUUGUUUUGUGUCUGUGCAAUUUUGAUGAGUCCAAAAAUUUGUAUCUGAGUUGCCAAGUCCAUUUUCCAGGAGAGUUUGGUCUGAUAUUGUAGGACUCAUCUAGUAGUUGGCUCAGCCUCUCCAAAGGGGCACAUGCCCUUUUUUUUUUUUUUUUACAACCAGACAGUAAAGUGCCUGUGGAGUUAGUUGGUGGUGAAUUUGACAUUGCUGUGGUAUGCACAAGAACCAAAGUACACAUGAGGCAGUGUUUCCUCUCUGGUUUUGUAGGAAACAGCUAGGAAAGCACAUUGAGUUCAAAGUUUCUUUUUCCUCUUUGAGCAAGUGCUCUUAGCUGCUGUAUUGGCCAAACCAACACUUUCUGUGUCUGUGUUAUUUGUCUACACCACACCACUGGUCUUAGCCUACAUUUCCACCCAUCUCUGGAAAUUGAUCCCAGGUUGAUGCAAGUAGAAUACAUGUUCCAGAGGCAUUCUUCAUGGAGUGGUAACUGUUUCGUCACCUCAUGAACCACUUGGCAGAUGGCUGUCUUUAAAGAUACCACUGUUGAGGGUGUAGAGCAGGAGGAAAUUUGUGUCUUUCACCCUAAUUAACAUUGUACUGAGUGGCAGACCCUCUCACUUUUAUCAUCCUUGAUCCCACCGACCUCUCUUCCUUCCCUCUUGUUCCUUUCACCGCUCAUAAAGAAGCCUUGACCCAUCCUCAGAUAUGUUACUGCCCUGUUGAGCAUUUCGAAGAUACCCAACAUCUGGUAAAUGACAGUCUUCUCUAGGAUUACCUCUGUGGUAAACUUGGACUUCAAGUUCUCACCCAAGAAAAUAAAAUUGGUUACAUCAGUCCCGCCUUCCUGGUCCCCACUCAGAAGGCACUUGCCUCAGAGCAUUCUGAGAAAUGUUUCCUGCUCUGUUAAGGCCUGCAUUUUGGAAUUGGAUUUCUAGAAUAUAUGGGGUAAACUGUGCAUUUCGAGGUCCUCACCUAGAGUGACUAGGAGGGAAGCUGAGCAGAGAGGAGGCUUACUGCUAGAUAGGAAAUAAGUGGGGACUUUGGGCGCACACUGCAGUCAAGCCUCUGAACACUGUGUUAACAUCCAUUGGCUGUGCUCAGUGGCUCUCAUAGGACUACUGGGCUGACCACAGUGUUUACCAGGUGAGCGUGACUUAAACAUUCAGAAAGUCCACAGGUAGACUCUUGUGCCUGCAUAUUUCUUAUUUCUGUAAUGGAAAAAGACCUCUGGCUCCUGCAUCCCAUCAUCCAGUGGAACACUUUUUUUCUUUAUGCAUAUGCAUGUUUCUGUGAUUACAUUGAGAUCUGGUUCUUUGCAGUCAGUAUUGGAAUGACUGAUACUGAUGGGCCGCAAUCUUACUGCUCAUACUAAUUACUAGAUUUUUGUAACUUUUAUUCUAAACCUUAUGGUAAGAUGAUCACAGGUAAAGGCUGCAAUAUUUUUUUGUUAGACUUUGGAAUUUGGUGCAAUAAAUAAAAUGGACUUUUAAUUUUG